AUGGAAUUUGAUUUAGAGCCAACAUUAGAAGCGUUAAUAAAACAAGAUACAUUAAAAUGGAUUUUUGUAGGAGGGAAAGGUGGUGUUGGUAAAACAACAACUUCAUCAUCAAUAGCCGUUCAAUUGGCUUUACAACAUCCAGAAUCCGAAUUUUUAUUAAUCUCAACGGAUCCAGCUCAUAAUUUAUCAGAUGCAUUUUGUCAAAAAUUUGGAAAAGACGCAAGAAAAGUUGAAGGGUUAUCCAACUUAUCAUGUAUGGAAAUAGAUCCUGAAGCAGCUAUGAGUGAUUUACAGCAGCAAGCAUCACAAUAUAAUAAUGAUCCAAAUGAUCCUAUAAAAAGUAUUAUGAAUGAUAUGACUGGUUCAAUACCUGGUAUAGAUGAAGCUUUAUCUUUUAUGGAAGUUUUGAAACAUAUCAAAAACCAAAAAGUAAAUGAAGGGGAUAGUAAAGAUAAAAUUUCAUACAAAACGAUCAUAUUCGACACUGCUCCUACUGGACAUACACUACGUUUUUUACAAUUGCCUUCUACUUUACAAAAAUUGUUAGGCAAAUUUCAACAAUUAUCUGGGAAAUUAGGUCCAAUGAUGAGUAUGUUAGGUGGAGGAGGAGCAGGUCAACAAGAUAUAUUUGAAAAAUUAAAUGAUGUUCAAAAAAAUGUUGCAGAAGUAAAUGAACAAUUUACAGAUCCAGAUUUAACAACGUUUGUGUGUGUUUGUAUAUCCGAAUUUUUAUCAUUAUAUGAAACUGAAAGAAUGAUUCAAGAGUUAAUGUCAUAUAAGAUGGAUGUUAAUUCAAUAGUCGUAAAUCAAUUAUUAUUCGCUGACGAUGACGAAAAUCCAUGUCAAAGAUGUGUAAGUAGAUGGAAAAUGCAAAAAAAAUAUUUGGAUCAAAUGGCUGAUCUUUAUGAAGAUUAUCACUUAGUUAAAAUGCCACUAUUAGGUACAGAAAUUAGAGGUGUUGAAAAUUUAAAAAAGUUUUCUAAAUUUCUUUUGGUACCUUAUGAUCCAAAGAAGGACAAUUCUUUGAUUACUGAGAUCAAAAAUGUAUAA